CAGAAAGGACCGUCUGACUUCUUUCAAACAUUUUGCUUCAAACAAUCCAAAUAACAACCAUGCUUUCCAAGAAGAUAACUCUCCUCUGGAUUCUGAUGGCCAGUCUUUACAGGAUAGGUCCUGUUCAAGCUGUUAAUCUUCAACAGAAGCCAUCAUUUAUAUCAGCUAAUCUGGGUGAAGCUGUUACACUUUGCUGCACAUUUGACAAAAGCACGAGUAACGAGCGAAUGGUUUGGUAUAAGCAGAAAGUGGGACAGACUCUUCAUUGGGUGGGAAUGAUUUUAACAAAUGUAGAUCCCAUGCUUUCAGAUGAGUUCAAACAAUCAGGAAUCCAACUGGAGGUAAACAAGAGCAGCAUUUCUCUGACUAUCCAACACACCACUAAAGACGAUGAGGGAACGUACUUCUGUGGUUUAUCUCACGCAAACACGAUUAAGUUUUCCACGGGAACUUUCUUAUCUGUGACAGGUCCAACACAGUUAAAUAUAUCAGUGAUCCAAACUCCAGUAUGGGGGUCAGUUUCUCCAGGAGAGCCGGUCACUCUGCAGUGCACAGUCCUCUCUGAGAUCAGAGCAGCAGAUCUCCGAGUGCUCUGGUUCAGAGCUGCUGCAGGACAAUCCUUUCCUGAAAUCAUUUACACUCAUCAGAACAGCAGCAGCCAUCAGUGUGAGAUCAGCUCUUCUACAAGCUGCUCUGUGUAUGAGUUCUCUAAGAACAUCCUCGACUACAACCAUACUGGAACUUACUACUGCGCUGUGGCUGCUUGUGGGAAGAUCAUCUUUGGGAAUGGAACAGCAGUUGAACUGAGGAGAUCUGUGGAUUCCAUAGUGAUCUAUUUAGGAGCAGCUUUGGGAGUGUGUGUGGUUGUGAUUUCUGCUCAGGCCAUUUUAAUCCACAAGAGAACAAAGUCUGAACACAGCAGUGUGAGGCUUCAACGAAGCUCAUUGGUGGAGAACCCUACCAGUCAGGACUCUGCUGUGGAGCUGAUUUACGCUGCCAAAAGGCUGAGAAUGAAACGUGGACGUUCUGGACACAGUGUUUACUCUGAAGUCAGAUACUUCUCAGUUACUGACCUCCAUUAAAACUCAUUAGUUCCCUUCUUUUGUAUAAGCUUGUAGUAUAAGUUUUUGUGGAUAUUUUCAUUUUACUGACGCAUCCUGUGCCCAGUGUUAAACUGGAGACCUGUCCAGGGUGUAUCCUGCCUUCUGCCCAGUGACCGCUGGGAUAGGCUCCAUCAUUCCCAUCAUCCCCUCUACCCACAACCCGGAAGGAUAAGUGGUUCAGAAAUGUGUGUUUGUGACACAUCUGGUGUUUCAGAUAAGCUCCAGUCUAGCUUUUGUAAUCUUUACACAAACAAUCUUCUUCAAACUUCGUCUUUUUGCUACUCUAAAAAAAGGCUUAUAAUAUCAGAGUAAUCUGUUUAUGCUCUGAAUGGAUUCUGUCCUAAAUGCAUGUCGGCUUAUUUCUCUGCUUGUUCAUAAACCUCUGCUCUGCAUCCAACAAUAUGCAGCUUCAGGAUCCUUUUAAAAGGUGACAGAAAACACAGGAGCUCACAUUUCUAAAGCUGGACCAUUCUGUGCUAAAUAUUAUAUUAUCAUUAGCUUUACAUUAACAGGUUUGUUUCUUUUUCAUAAUCUUUGUUUUGUAGAGCAGUAAAAUGUGUUUUUUUUCCUGUAGUAGAGAUAAAAUGAUAACAAUAAUAAACAUAAUCAAACAUACCUUAUAUUAAAUUAAAUAAAAAUAGGCAUAAUGUCACCCACAACCGAGCAUUCACUGACACCGACAUGUGCCCUCUGUUUACUGGAAAGGCUGGCAUUAUGAAGAUCAUUGGGAAAGUGUGCAUUGUUGAUGAGUUUAACAUAAAUAAAUUGUCAUUUAAAAGAUGUCAUAAUAAUGUCGGUGGUCACACUUAUCUGUUACCAGAAUAAAUAACCUGGUAAAAAUAACUUUUACAGUA